AUGUUGUGCUGUGAGUUUCCAAACAUGGCGCUGCACAACGGAGUAUUGGAUUCGGUUGUCAUCCACAACGGCAACGGCGAGCUGGCACCCGUCAAGGACCACGACGCCAUCAAGCUGUUUGUGGGCCAGAUUCCGCGUAACCUGGAUGAGAAAGACCUGCGGCCGCUCUUCGAGCAAUUCGGAAAGAUCUACGAGCUCAUCGUGCUCAAAGACAAGUACACCGGAAUGCACAAGGUACUAGUCACAGCCGAAAUAUUUCUGGUGGCCCACAAGAUCAACCACAUGUGA